AGAGAGAGAGAGACGCUAGCGGCGGAUUCUGCGCAUUAACUCAGCCCCCUGUAUAUAUGUGUGUGUAUGUGAAUGUGUGUAUGUGUGUGUGCCUGUAUAUCAGCCUGCAAAGGAGCACUCAGUACCCGGCCGCCAAAACAACAACAACAACAAGAGCAACACCAGAAACAGCAGCAGGCAGCGACCAGGUCUCAGAGCGGGAUGGCUUCAGGAGAUCUGUACGAGGUAGAGAAGAUUGUCGAUAAAAGGAAAAAUAAAAAAGGGAAAUGGGAGUACCUUAUACGAUGGAAAGGUUAUGGAAGUAAUGAAGACACUUGGGAACCAGAACAUCACCUCCUUCAUUGUGAAGAAUUUAUUGACGAGUUCAAUGGACUCAAUGCUUCCAAAGAAAAGCGAACUAAAUCAGGGAAACGGGGAAAUAGCCCAAGGCAGGUCUUACGGGACAAUCAUGGAACUUCGCCGCUGAGAGCCUAUGAAUCCGCAAAGGGGAAGGGGGGAGGAUUACGCAGAAAGCGGACUAAUAAUGCACAUCAAAAGCAAAAACGGGGUACAAUAGGGAGAGAUGGAAAGCACACAUCUGGAGAGCCCAAGAAAAUCAUUGCUACUAAAACAGUGCAUUACAGAACAACUGCGAGCGGAGUACAGAUUAUGCCUUACAGAAAGACUGAUAACUCAUUUCAGAAUGGGGAUGCUCGACACGGCAGAAAUGCAUUACAGUUUGACAAUACCUCAAGGCAACAGGAAGUGAAUGUGGAUCUAGGAGAGCAGGACUUUGCAGAGGAUGGAUCAGUUGCUGAUUCUCCUUUGGUAAACGGUGUAGGGAUUUCCAACGGACAAGCUAACUUGCCAUGUUCUGUGAAAAGAAAGCUUGCGGAAGACAAAGAAGAUUAUGUAUUUGACAAACGGCUCAGAUGCAGUGUACGACAAAAUGAAAGCAACUAUCGAUUCAGGGACAUUGUUGUUAGGAAGCAAGAUGGUUUUACACAUAUAUUACUCUCGAGCCAGACUUCAGACAACAAUUCUUUAACACCUGAGAUUAUGAAGGAGGUGCGGAGAGCACUUGGUAAUGCUUCAGCUGAUGACAGCAAGCUUCUGCUGCUUAGCGCUGUAGGGAGCGUGUUCUGCAGCGGCCUAGACUAUUCCUACCUAAUUGGCAGGUUGUCCAGUGACAGAAGGAAAGAGAGCACUCGGAUUGCAGAAUCAAUAAGGGAUUUUGUGAAUGCCUUCAUUCAGUUUAAGAAACCCAUUGUCGUAGCAGUCAAUGGACCAGCUCUGGGACUGGGAGCCUCUAUUCUCCCGCUCUGUGAUAUUGUAUGGGCCAGUGAAAAAGCAUGGUUCCAAACUCCGUAUGCGACUAUACGUCUAACGCCUGCUGGAUGUUCAUCGUACACCUUUCCCCAGAUAAUGGGAGUCGCUCUAGCAAAUGAAAUGCUGUUUUGUGGGAGAAAGUUAACCGCACAAGAAGCGUGCAGUAGGGGACUGGUGUCUCAAGUCUUCUGGCCAACAACCUUUAGUCAAGAAGUGAUGUUACGAGUGAAAGAAAUGGCAUCGUGCAGUGCAAUGGACUGGACAGGGUGAACACAUGAUGGAUGUUCCCGAUGACUGGACCAUCCAGAACCUGGGAUCACAGCGUAAGGAAACAGGCUAGGCCAUUUUGGAUUGAGAUGAGGAGAAACUUUCUUCACCCACAGAGUGGUGAGCGUGUGGAAUUUUCUGCCAGAGAAAGCCAUUGUGGUCAAAUGAUUGAAUGUCUCAAGAAAGUUUGAGAUAUAGUCCUUAAGGUUAAAGGGAACAAAGGAUCCGGGGAGAAGACAGGAACAGGGGACUGAGUUGGAUGAUCAGCCAUGAUCAUACUGAAUGGCAGAACAGGUUUGAAGGGCCAAUUGGCCAAAUAGUUACUGUGUUGGAUUCUGUUUGGCUAGUAAGAAAUAUCACCGCCAAGUCUAAUCCUGUCCUCACUCAAAAUCCAUGCAGUGGGGAAUCAACAAGUAACAAUGCAGAAACUAAAAAAAAAAUUGCAUUUAUAUAGCACCAAACUGCUUGAUGCCUCAAAGAACUUUACAGGAAAUAAAAUUCUUAAGCAACAGUGUAAUGUAGGAAACGUUGCAGCCAAUUUGCACACAGUAAGUCCCCGCAGAGACCAUUGUUAUAUUGACUAGGUGAUCUGUUUCUGGGAUGUUGCUUGAGGGAUAAGUAGUUGCCAGGACUUGGCGUGAGAGCUCCUCUGCUCUUCCUCGCAAUGGUGCAACAGGAUCUUUCACUUCCACCCAGACACCACUUCAGUUUAACGUCCCAUAUGAAAGAUGACAGCUCAGCAGUCCCUCGGUAUUGCAUUGGAGUGUCAGCCUGGACUUUUGUGGGACUAGAGCAUAGGAUAUAGGAACAGGGGGAAGCCAUUUGGCCUGUCAAACUUGGCCUGUCCGUCAAGACCACCAUGGCUGACCAAACACUUCAAUGCCAUUUACUCACCACAUCCCUACAGCCCUGAUCAGAAAUCUAUCAACUCUGUACCUUAAACAUACUCAACGGCUGAGCCUCCACAGCCCUCUGUGGGAGAGAAUUUCAAAGGUUCACGACUCUUUGAGUAAAAUAAUAUCUCCUGAUCUCAGACCUCAGUAGCAUCCCCCUUAUUUUUAAAUAAUGCCACCUUGGUUUUAGGUUCCCCAACCAAGAGGAACAUCUUACCUGUAUCCUUUUAAGACUCCGUCAUAAUUUAGACUCACCUUUUUGCAAGCCCUGGUAUUAUUUCUUGGUUCAGCUGCAGUUGGUGUCUGCUGUUAUUCUUUAUCCUCAAGCUUUUGCAAAGACGGAGUACAGGAAGGAGAUAGACAGCUUAAUGGCAUGGUGCAAAGACAACAAUCUCUCCACGCUCCUGUCUGCUUCAAUGGUCCUGAGGUGGGGAUAGUCAAGUUCCUGGGCAUAAUGGUCACCAAAAUCUGCCCUGGUCCACCCAUGUUGACACCACGGUCAAGAAGGUUCAACAACGCCUCACUUCCUCAGGAGGCUAAGGACUCCAUAAAGACUCUGACUGUUUUUUAUAAAUGCACUACAGAAAGCAUCCUAUCUGAAUGCAUCACAGCUUGGUGUGGCAAGUCCCAAGCCCACAAGAAACUACAGAUACAUUAGAGACAUUUAAGUGACUCUUGGAUAGGCACAUGGAUGAUAGCAUAACGUAGGGUAUGCAGGGUAGUUUGAUCUUCGUAGGAUAAUAGGUCGGCACAACACCUUGGGCCGAAGGGUCUGUACUGUGCUGUGUGUUCUGUGUUCUAGGUUCUAUGUACAGAGAGCAACGAACAUAGCCCAAUCCAUUACGCAAAGCAGCCUUCCAUCCAUUGACCUCAUCUCUAACUCCCCCUGCCUGGGGAAAGCAGCCAGCAUAAUCAAAGACCUUUCUCACCCCAGUUAUACUCUUUUCCACUCUCUUCCUUUGGGCUGAAGAUAUAAAAGUUUGAAUACACAUACGAAUAGAUUCAAGAACAGCUUUUUCCCCACUGUUAUCAAACUGUUUGAUUGGUGCUGUUUAAUGUUAAUGUUGAUCUCUCUCUCUCUCUGCACCUUCUCAGCAGCGGUUAACAUUGUCCCCUGCACUCUGUUCUGUUCCCCUGAUGCACUUGUAUAGUACGAUCUGCCUGUAAAGCAUGUAAGACAACACUUUUCACUCUACCUCAGUGCACAUGAAGUAUUAAAUUAAAUCAAAUCAAAUUUUCUGGCUUUCAGUGAGAUCGUCUCUCACUCUUUGAAACAUCAGACAAUUCAGGACAGUUUUGCUCAAUAACUUUUCAUAGGACAAACCCAGUAUCAAUGUGGAUGAACCUUUAUUGAACCAUGUGACCCAGACAAUAGAGUAUUACCAACUGAGUCAGGCUAAGUAGGAGAGAAUGACAAUUUGGGUGGCACCCUGUUGGGGUUAUGAAGGUCUUGUGGAUAUUUUUAAUUCGAGGCUUGUACACUGAAAUGAGAAAUCUCAUAGUCCUAAGAUUCUGGGAGCAGAUUAUGUGAGGUUGCAGAUUUUCUCCUGUCCUACGCUGACAGUGCGAGAAAGGUGUAAGAAGAAUCUCCACAGCCUUGAAGACCGUACACAGGUCUUGGAUAGACCUGGAGUUUUAUACAGCAUUGAGGAUUUAAGCGAAAAAGAAUGUUUGCAACGGAAAAGAAUAUUGAGCUUCCCGGGUGCAGCUUUAGCCGGAGAGGUGACCCGAGGAUAGAUUUGAUGUUGAAUAAGAUAAACAGAAGUUUGAGGAGGGUUGAUGAAAGGUGAGAGGUGUUAGCUGCUGGAUAGUUUUCUGAGAAAUAAUGAAAAGUCUUCAAAUAAAUCAAACUUUUAUUCCCCCUUCCCCAACAAAGUUCCUGGGCAUGACGGUCACCAACGAUCUGACCUUGUCCGCCCACAUUAACCCUAUGGUCAAGAAAGCACAGCAACGCCUCUACUUCCUCAGGAGGCGAAGGAAAUUGAGAUUGACUGUUGCGGUUCCCCUUCAAGAGAAAAGUGAUACAUAUGGAGAAUGUGCAAGUCUUAAAAAAUGCCAAGGGGAGUCACAGUCAGAGAGUGGAUAGGUUUUGAUGAUCAAUGGGCAAGAUCUACAAUAUGAAUGAGAAAGAGAGUAUCUUUAAGGUGGUCAAAAAUAAUAUCUCAUCACCUGUGCUCUAGAUUAAAAUGACUAGAAAGAAAGUGAUGUAUUGGAUCACUCUGAGUACUCCUCCACUUCACACACCAUCGGGCCUUAGAUAUAUAUUGUUGUUCCUUCAUCACCGGGCUGCCAAGGUUCAAAAAGGUAGCUCACCACCAUCUCCCCAAGGGCAGUUAGGAUUGGGCAAAAACGCUAGAAAUACCAACAAUAGCCAUGUCCCGACAGUGAAUGAAUUUUAAAAAUUAUAAACACUGAGCUUAAUGGAAGAAUUUUUACCAGAUUCAUAGUUUGAAAAGUAAAAUAAGCCAAAAGAACAGCUUCCCAUUCAGAACU